AUGGUCGCUGCUCUCCGUAACGUCUUCAAUGUCUCACGCUCUCCACUGCUUGCACGCACCUCAAUUCGAUUCUCUUCAACAGCUUCAAGACAGCUCACUUUAAAAGAACGUCUUGCUGAGCUCAUCCCUACAGAAAUAGAAAAGGUAAAAGCAAUACGCGCAGAGCAUGGGAAAAAGGCAUUCGGUCCUGUAACAGUCGACCAGCUCUAUGGCGGUAUGCGCGGUCUCCCAGCUCUCAUCUGGGAUGGCUCCGUACUCGACCCAGAGGAUGGUAUCCGUUUCCGUGGAAAGUCCAUCGACGAGUGCAAGAGCCUUCUACCCGCAGCACCGGGUGGCUCGGAACCUCUUCCAGAAGGUCUCUUCUGGCUGCUCCUCACUGGCGAAAUUCCAUCCAAGGAACAGGUUGCAGAACUCAGCCGCGACUGGGCUGCUCGUGCUGAGAUUCCCGAUUUCGUAAAGGAGAUCAUCGACCGCUGCCCUCCCACCCUUCACCCUAUGAGUCAGUUCUCCAUGGCAGUCACCGCGCUCAACCAUGACUCUGCCUUUGCCAAGGCAUAUCAAGACGGUGUCUCUAAGAAGGAAUACUGGGGUUACACAUUCGAGGACUCCAUGGAUCUCAUUGCCAAACUCCCCAACAUUGCAGGUCGCAUAUACCGCAACGUGUUCAGUGACGGAAAGCUCCCCGCUAUCGACAACAGCAAGGACUACUCUGCCAACCUCGCAACCCUCCUUGGCUUCGGUGACAAUCAGGCUUUCGUUGAGCUCCUCCGUCUCUACAUCACCAUCCAUACCGACCACGAAGGUGGUAAUGUCUCUGCCCACACAGGCAAACUUGUUGGUUCAGCUCUCUCAGACCCCUUCCUCGCAUUCGGCGCCUCCCUAAAUGGUCUCGCCGGUCCCCUUCACGGCCUCGCCAACCAAGAAGUUCUCCUCUGGCUUCGCAAAAUGCAAUCCCAAAUUGGUGAAAACGCCACAGACGAUGCCGUCAAAUCCUACGUCUGGUCCACCCUCAAAAGCGGCCAGGUCGUCCCCGGCUACGGACACGCUGUCCUCCGCAAGACGGAUCCCCGCUACACCGCCCAGCGCGAAUUCGCACUCAAGAACCUCCCCAAUGACCCCCUGUUCAAACUCGUCGGUCAGAUUUACGAUAUCGUGCCUGGUAUUUUGUUGGAGGCGGGUAAGGCGAAGAACCCGUGGCCGAAUGUGGACGCCCAUUCCGGUGUGCUGUUGACGCAUUAUGGCCUGGAUCAGAUGCAGUUCUAUACCGUACUGUUUGGUGUUUCCCGUGCGUUUGGGGUGGCUGCUCAGUUGAUCUGGGAUCGUGCUCUUGGUGCUCCUUUGGAACGUCCGAAAUCGUACUCGAGUGAGGCUAUCCAGAAAAUGUUCAAGGGCAGGCCUUGA